GCCCGCACGCCGAGGCCGAGGCACCGGCUGCUUCAGCACUUCCGGGUCGGCGGAGAGAGCGCUGCGUGACGUUGCCGGAGCGUUCGGGAGCCUCGCGCCUGUUAUUGUUCCUGCUUCCCUCGCUCUCUCCCCCACCCCCGCCCGCCUUCCCACCGGCCCUCCGUCCGCUCCGCGAGCCGCCUGGAACCGCGCGCUCCUCGGGACGCUCUGAAGGCACCUCCAAAGGCCCGGCCGGGGAAAGAAGGGGAGGCGAGGCGCCCAGGCGCACGCGGAAGGCCGGCGUGGGAGGCUCGCUGAGGCAAGCUGUCAGAAGCCCGAGGGCGGUUGGAAGGAGCUGGAGGAGGGGGGCCCGCUGCCAACGGUUUCGAACCUUCCGUUGCGCGAGCCCUGACAGCGAGGGGCGGGGGGAGUGCGCGCCGCGUCACCAAGCAGCGAGCAGCCCUAGCAGGAGGCGCAGGAAGGCGGCGGCGGCGGCGGCGGCGGCGACUGGAAGGACAUGGCCUACGCGUAUCUCUUCAAGUACAUCAUAAUCGGGGACACAGGUAAGGGCGGCCCACCGGGGAAGGUUUAAAAGGGGCCUGCGCUGCUGGCGGCCUCGGCGCUUCCUGCGCAACGCCUCUCGGCUGCCCCAUUUCCGCAGUGUUGGCUGCGCCGACGUGGUGGUGACUGGGCUCGGCAGGGGGAGGUGCUCGGCCCAGGGCCCCGCCCGCGGCCUGGCGAGGCCUAGGGCUCGGCUGCCAGCGCCUCCAGAACCCCCUCGCUGCCGUCUGGUUUCAAGGCCUCUCCACCCAGAGAGUUCCCGGGAAGGGAGCGGGGCGGCGGUGGAGGCCCUGAAAUGGGUGCAGCCGGGGCCUCGGGACAGUGGGCGGGUGCUUGUCGUUGACCUCAUUUCGGACGCGUCCGAAGAGCCCCGUUGGCCACGCCGGACGCUUCGGUGAGGCAAUAGGGGAGUGGUGAUAACACCCCCCUCCGGGGGGGGGACUUGACAAGGCCUCGAGACGCGCUGGGCCUUCGGCCAAGACUUCUCACUCCAGGCCUGUCAGACACGCCUGCGGAGCAAGGCCCUAAAGGAUCACACCAUUUAAUCCCUCUCUGCCCAAAGAUACACUGACCUGUAACUAAAGCACCCUCCCCACCUCUGGAUAUGUUUUACGUUCCAAGAAAAUCUACCAGAUAAAAGUGGCUUCCACCGUUCAUUGGUCGUGGUUCUGUUUCUGGACAUGUGUUUAAAGUAUUUGCUGCCACUCCUUAGCCGAAAAAGCUUAUAAAGUGACAGUAAUAAGCCUUCUCCACCCCUCCGGUAUAGAAUGUAAAAGACAAGACAGAAAAGGGGGGAAACUGGCAGAAAAAGAAGGGAUCAAACUGGGGACUUAAGUGACAGAAUUCUUGUAAUGGCCAGCUGGAAGGAAGAGUUCAAGGAGAGGAGGAGCCAAAAGUUGGUGGUGUUGCAGCUGAGCCUUAUGGAGAGGCCCUUUAGUGCCAUCUCUCUGACUUGAACAUGAUGGAAUUUAGCAUGAUAGAUGCAGUAUAGUGACCUAAGAGACUGAGCUACCAAUAAAAAAGGAUCUUGUAUGCAUAUCAUCUCUGCAUAAAUUCAGUAGGUGGCCUUAGACAAGCUGCUCUUUGCUCCAUUCCCCCCAUCAGCAGCACAGGAUAUAAUGAUACUGAUUUCCUUUGCAAUUGAAGGAUCACAACUAGACAAUGCAUGUGAUGUAGUUUGAAUACUAGAAAGUGCUAUGCAACAGCCAUGUUAGAAUAAAUACUUGGGGUUCUUGUUUCCCCAAGUGAAUUAAGCUUAAACGUCACACAUGGUGUUGAAUAAUCUAAUACACUUUCAUGCCUAUCAGCCACUAUUUGAAAACAACCUUUUUAGAUUGCAGUGAUUAUUUUUUCAUUUUAGCUAUUUAUUUAUGAAAAUAGUUGAGUUGGGAAAAGUGAAUGUGUGUGAGAGAGAUUUCUGUCAAACUUAUCCAAAGGCUAGAAAUCCUUUCUCUGAGGGACCAAUUCAAUACGUUAUAUAAUACACAUAUGUGCAAAACAUUCACAAAGAGGUAUAUCAACAUUUUCUCCUUGCAUGUAUCAAACAGGUACAUAAGGAACUAGAAUUGGCUGAAGCUUCUGCCAUGAGUAUAUGUAGCUGAAAGUACAUGUUAGCCCUCAUAUAAUGUGAGGAGUGAUGCUGAAAGUUUCUUGACAAGUAUAUGAUUGGACAAACAUAUUCCUUUACAGUGGUACCUCGGAUUACAGACGCUUCAGGUUACAGAUGCUUCAGGUUACAGACUCCUCUAACCCAGAAAUAGUACCUUGGGUUAAGAACUUUGCUUCGGGCUGAGAACAGAAAUCACGCAGCGGCGCAGUGGCAGCAGGAGGCCCCAUUAGCUAAAGUCGUGCUUCAGGUUAAGAACAGUUUCAGGUUAAGAACGGACCUCCGGAAUGAAUUAAGUUCUUAACCCGAGGUACCACUGUAUUAUAAAGUUAGUAGCUUUCUCUUGAAUGCUUAUUCCCUUUCCUCUUCCUCUUAUCUUUAGGGGGGAAACCCUAAAAUACAAAGGUAUCUGUAUUUCAUUUACUUCUUCUGUCUAUCCUCAUUGAGAUUUUAGCUUAUUUAUUCAAGAUUCCUCAGCUCUAGAAUACAUAAUAGGUUAUAUUUCAAUCACUUUUUCCUCUUUUAAAAUGCAUUUAAAAAAUUUUUAAAAAGACUGUGGCACAAACAUAUUUACAGUCUGAUUCUAUAAAAGUUCAUUUGAGGUAGGUACCACCGAUUCAAUUUCUAAUUGCUGUAUUAUGCAGUCUGGAAGUACUCAGUCAGCAAAGUAAUAUAAUGUUGUACUCCUAGGCACACUUCUGUUCAUACUGGAACUUACUCGAUCAGACUGCAUUUGCACUUCUAUUGAUUCUUUAGGUCUUGUGAUAUUUCAUUUUAAAACAAACCAAGAUUGGCCAACUUUCAUUACUUAAAGCAUAGAACUUGUAUGUAUGGUUACUAGGAAAGAGGUUCUAUUAAGCCACAUUUCUAAACAGUCUUUGUUUGGUUGCCUGUGGUGAGAUGAAAUAGUCAUUUGGUGACCAGGCAGUGAAACUUUUAUAAAUUUGAAAUAUGCCCUCUCAUUUUCAGGCAGUUUAUAUUUCACAAAUGAACAACAUAGAGAUGUGUUGAUUGGCAGGCUAGUAAACAUGUGGCUUGUUUACAAGGCUGCAUUAAAUUCAGUCUAGCUUGCUUCCAGGUAAGCAUGUGUAGGAUUGAGCUAUGUAAUCAAUCUCUUCAUAUAUUCAGUAUUUGAUUUCAACAUUGCAAGCAGAAUCCAGGAGAUUCUACAAGUAAAUUAAAAAUUAUUUUAGCUAGGCAUGUUGAGUGCUGUAGUCAAUGUAUUUUCAGAGCUCUUUCUAUAAUCUGAGAAUUAUUGGAGAACAGGUGAGGUCUCUGCAGACUGGAAACGAGCAAAUGUUGUCCCCAUAUUCAAAAAGGGGAGAAAAGAAAACCUAGGUGAGCUUACAUUGAUACCAGGAAAGGUCCUAGAAAAGAUAAUUAAACAGUCAGUCUGUGAGCACUUAAAAAAGGAUGCUGUGAUUAUUAAGUCCCAGUAUGGCCUUCUCAAAAAUAAGUCAUGCCAGGCAAAUCUCAUUUCUUUUUUUUGAUAGAGUUACAAGCUUGUGGAUAAGGGAAAUGCUGUGGGUAUGGUGUGUCUUGAUUUCAGCAAGGUUUUUGACAAAGUCCCCCAUGAUAUUCUUGCAGAAAACCUGGUAAAAUGCGGGCUGGAUGAGGUAUCUGUUAGGUGGAUUUAUAGCUGAUUGACUGAACCCAAAGUGUGCUCACUAAGGGUGCUGCAGCACUCUGUCCUGUGCCCACUGUUGUUCAAUGUCUUUAUAAACAACUUGGAUGAAAGAAUUGAGGAGAUGCUCAUCAAAUUUGCAGAUGACACUAAACUUGGAGGGGUAGCUAAUGCUUCAGAAGAAAGAACUGGGAUUCAAAAUGACCUUAACAGAUUGGAGAACUGGGCCCAAACUAGCAAAAUGAAUUUAACUAGGGACAAAUAUAAGGUUCUGUGCUUAGGCAGGAAGAACCAGAUGCACAGAUAUAAGAUGAGGGACACCUGGCUUAUUAGCAGUACAUAUGAAAAGGAUUUGGGGGUCUUAGCGGACCACAAGCUUAACAUGAGUCAACAGUGUGAUGCAGCAGCAAAAAAAGCCGCAGAAUUAUAGUGUCCAGGUCAAGGAAAGUAAUAGUACCACUCUAUUAUGCCUUCAUCAAACCACACCUGGAAUACUGUGUCGAGUUCUGGGUGUCACAAUUUAAGAAGGAUAUUGACAAGCUGGAAUGUGUGCAGAGGAGGAUGCCCAAGAUGAUCAAGGGUCUGGAAACCAAGCUUUAUGCGAAACGGUUGCGGGAGUUGGGUAUGUUUAGCCUGGGAAAGAGACUGAAAGGAGAUAUGAUAGCCUCCUCAAAUAUCUUAAGGGCUGUCACAUGGAAGAUGAAGCAAGUUUGUUCUGCUCCGGAGGGUAGGACCUGUAUCAAUGGAUUCAAGUUACAAGAAAGGAGAUUCUAACUAAGCAUCAGGAAGAACUGUCUGAUAAUAAAACUAUUUGACAGUGUAACAAACUCCCAAGAGAGGUUGUGGAUUCUCCUACAUUGGAGCUUUCUAGUAACUAGCAACUAGAAUCACCCCAGGUCCAGAUAGUGGCCCACAUCUCUUAAUUUGCAGGCCAGUGUUGAUUUGCAUUGCUUUGCCAUUUAAAGCAAAAAACUUAGCCAUAUUUGAUUCAAUGCUGAUUAAAUUUCCUCUUAACAAAUUUCGUGCUUUUUUCAAGAUUCACAGUGUUUUAACUUUUCAUUACUUUAUCUUUGCUCUUUAUCUUUACUUCAACCUGUUGCCCUCCACAUCACUCCAAACUCCCAUCAGUUCCAGCCAGCAUGACCAAUGGUCAGGACUUAUGGAAAUAAUAGUCCAUCAACAAAAGUUAGCUACCCCUGUUCUUUGUGUUGCUUUUUGGAAGGAGUUCUUAUCUCCUUGCAUUUAUCUUUCUCUUGGUCAGUCUGAACCCUAAGGAAAGGAGUGAAGUAAACUUAGCUGUUUGUAUUUGACAAGCUGUAGAUGCUUUGAGUGAAAGUAGACUGAAAGCUGCCUUUGAAUAGAGAUUUUUGGACAUUUAUGCAAGAUUGCAGAAGUGCUGUUUAAUGCUCAGGCAUCAUUUGUUCACAUUUACUUGUUCUUGAGCCUUUGCAGUAAAAACAAAAUAUGGCACCAGUUCAGAUUGGUGAGUGUUGAGGAGAUACAGAUACUGUGCUGCAAAGUCCUGCAAUUUUAUUUUGUUUUGUUUUUAAGUAGGUGCUUAGUCAUAAUCAAUGUAUUGGUCAACAAUGAAAUGCUCUUAAGCAAUUGUGAUUGUGGCUUUUCUGUUUAUUCCCUUGUAUUCCUUUUUGAAAUUACAUCAAGGUAAAAUAAAAAAAGUACUUGGAAGCAGUGGCAGAGGAAGAGGAGUGCAGGGGGAGCGCACCGCCUCCAGCAGCGCGAUCCCGGUGGGGUGCCAUAGUGGCUUUCCCCCCACUCCCUCAGGGAGUGCCACUCCCCAGCGCGCCACUCCCCCUGGAAGUGCACCAGCCCCGCCCCUGCCUGCUCUCCAUCCCCCAUUCCAGAGCAUGAAGCUUAGCCACUGGUCAAAAGAGGUUUUCCCACAACAAAAAAUAGUUUUACAUUUUAUGUGUGUAUUGGUAGACUGUUGUUGUUAUAAUAAGUUGUUGUUGUUGUUGUUGUUACUACAGUUUAAUAAUUUCUUCAAUUUCACAAUUCUAAAUUGUAUCCACAAGAAUUACUAGUCUGCAGAAAUUUUUUACAAGCUGACUGGUGGCUGGCAGGUAAAGGCUAGAGCAACAAGUACAUUUCAGUGCUUGGUGUGGAGGGUUUCUUUGCUGAAUGCACAGAAGUGAUGUGUUCUGCCUCUCCCCAGCAGCCUGCUUACUUACAUGCGUGCAUAUAUAUAUUGCUGCCAGUAGUUGCCACGCAAAUGUUGAAAUGCCAAGCCGAUUUAUUUGCCAAAUUUCUUUCCACCUAAAGAAAAAUGGAUGUCAGUCCCUCCAUCUUUUAUCUACUCAAACCUCUACUGUUGUUUAAAACCAUGGUUUUCCUCUCAUUGUCUGUCCACCCUCACUUUACUCAGACUUCUGCCUCUCCUUGAGUACUGCAAGAAAGGAGAAAUACUGAGGGGGGUGUGUGUUGUUUUAAACUUCUUCCAUUCCUCAGCUGCCUCAUGGAAGAGAGAGAAAGAAUGUAGAGUCUUUAAAUAUUCCAUAGUACCUUCCUAUAGUAUAUUUUACUCCUAGUACCAUGUGUUGUCUUCAGCAUGAAAUUCUAGAUUCACUGUAGUAAUUUAGAUCAGAUAUUUUAUUAACAAGCAAACAUCCCGAUAUGUACAACAGCCAUCGACUGAACUUAACAUUCUCUAGCUGAAUAAGCUAACUGACAACCUUGCUCUUAAGACUCUAUUUAUCUUAAAGAUACAGCAACAUAUAUUAGUAUGGGGCAGGGGUCAGUAAACUUUUUCAGCAGGGGGCCACUCCACUGUCCCUCAGACCUUAUGGUGGGCCGGACUAUAUUUUGGAAAAAAUAUAUGAAUGAAUUCCUAUGCCGCACAAAAAUAACCCAGAGAUGCAUUUUAAAUAAAAGGACACAUUCUACUCAUGUUAAAACACUCUGAUUCCUGGACCAACCGUCCACGGGCCGGAUUUAGAAGGCGAUUGGGCUGGAUCCGGCCCCUGGUCCUUAGUUUGCCUACCCAUGCUAUGGAGUAUGUUUGCAGAGGGGACUCCAGAGUAGAGAGGACUAGGCAUGGAAAUGGGGGUGGUGAUCUGUAUGCAAGGGAGAGUUGAGAACAGUAAGAAGGGUGGAAGAAAAAGUAGUGAAGGUGAAAAUGGGAGUGCAAGGGGAGUUACAACAAACGAGGGAGUAGGAGGCAUGGGAAUAGGGUUGAAGAUGAAAGCAGGGGCAUGAAAGAGUCUGAAUAAUAGGAGAGUGUGAUAACUUUGUAACUGAACAAAAGGUGAAAAGGGUGGUUAGUAUUGUGUGGGAAGCAGAACAUGCAGGAAGUUACCAUGGACAUGGGGGGUGACUGUCAAAAUGGGUGCAAAGUGGAGCUGCAGAAUAGAAUAUAGAAAUGACUUCAGAAAUUGUGUGUAAAUCGAAUUGUUAUUCAAUCCUUAACCAGCCUACAAUUUUACUCAGAUUCAGAAGAUCAACAUAAUCAUCCUAUCAAUGGAGAUAUCCUCCCAGUCUUCCAAGAGCAAAGAGCUGUGAUAAUUACCAGAUGCAUCUCCCUUUGAGAAGUCACACCCUGCCUCAGUUCUGGGAAUAGAUUGACUGCUGCUCAAGUCAAUUUUCUCACAGCAGUGCUUCUUAGAGGAAUUUUAAGAGGGUCUGUCAUGUCUCUGGUACCCUCCUCUUCCAUCAAGCUGGAAAAUUCCAUAUUUAACCAUGCCUCAAUUCCAAACUGCACCAAAGUCAACUUUCCCCCCUCCUUUAAUAACUUGGAGUGUUUACUAGCCUACAUUGCAGGAGAUCCAUUGAAGCAGGUAACAUGUUUCAGUGGCUUUUGGAUGAAUUGUGUAAAGAAGCUGGUUAUAUGCAGGUCAUGGAAUUCUUAAUUAAGGCUUAUGUAUAAAACCAUAUUUAUUAUCUAUUACUGUAUAACAUAGGAUUGGGCUGUGCAUGCAUAUUGGCUUCAUACCACUUGAUCUUAAAACUGAGAAUGUCUGAAUUCUUGAUAGGAAAGUUCUACAUCUGGGUUUUUUUUUUAAUCUUUGAGGUUUAACUCAUGCAAGUUGCCAUUUUAUGUUAUUGUUGACAGGUGUUUCACAUGCACAUGCAAACCAACCCUUUCAUGUACAAAUAUAUGAAGUCCAAAAGUUUCCUUGUGAAAGUGGCAUGUGGUAGGUCCUUGCAGGAAUUAAAUACAUUUUAGCUGGAAAUUUGAUUGUUAUGCACAAACUGCCUGUUCCUGACAAAAAGUUAUAGCUGUUUGGCCCAUUGCUAGCAUAGUUUCUAUGCUAGAGCUUGGGCAUUCAUGAUUCCUACAUAUCAUAGUUUCUUAGAUUUGUCAUUGCUUAGGUUUAUCUGUCUUGGACUGAGAAAGCACUUCUUUCACUUCUACUGAGGGCUAUUUGAAUCACAGUCCUGGUUUGAAGUUCUCUCAGCAACACCUGAGCUAUGUGCUAUUUAUCUUGUGAACCACCCUGAGAUCUUUGGAUGAAGGCCAUUGUAAUGCUUCUAGGGGUUGCUCGUGCGUAAGCCGGUGCAAACACCUGGCUGUGUUGCCUGAGUGAACCUUUUCUGUCCGGACAGCCACUCACCCGUGGUUGUUUCAAUCGCUGGCAGAAUCCGUCAGUGGGCGUUUCUUAAACUUCUUCCAGCAAAGAAGCUCUUUGAUGCCUAGUCUCCUCCUACUCUCUCUGCGCGAAAGUCUUCUGCGCAAGGAGGGCGUAGGCAGCGGAGGACCCCUACUCUCCCCGCUGGUCCCGGCAAGGAGUCAUGGGAUCGCCUCGCCGCUUCCCCCAUCUGCCCCCCUUCUCCACUGGUGCUAUGCUGAUUCUCUUCCCCAGAAGAUGGGCUACCUCUCCCAAUCCCGGGACGCUCUCUGGAAUUCCUCUGGAUUUUGCUCUCUCCUUCCGGCACUGAUGGCAGUUCCCUGACAGCCAUAUAUAAUAAUAAUAAAAUGUUGCAAGAGGUAAAACCACAAAAGUCUUGUGAAAACAAGUGUCCUACCUUGCAUCAUAUUCUGAUGUAAAAUACCUGUUUUACUUACAUUUAAAACUAUCAAGAGUGGCAAGAAAUUAUAUCUUAAGUUUUUCUGGCUAGAAAGGAAUUGAGAAUAAAUAAAAUAUAAGGAAGAAAAGCCUGUAAGAAGAGAGGAUUUGUAAUUUCUUAUUUAGAAUAGUAACAUGAAGCAGGUAUUUUGACACGGGUAGUGCAGUGAAUGAUGAAAGAGUGUACCUUGUACUUCACUAAUAUUACACAUAAUAGAAGAUGAGUGGUCCACUUAUGCUUCUCUCAUGCCAAAUUUUAAGGUCACCUAUAUAACUAAAAAAAUUAGAGAAAAUAAGAACUUGGGAACAGAUGAGGGAACAAAUGAUAGCACCACCUUUAAAUACAUACAAAUGAAAAGUAUUCUAAGUGGACUGAGACAAAAACAGGAAGCGAGAACCGUAAAACAAUUUGAAAGGUUAACAAGGAAUGGCACAGUUAAAUGGUUUUCAGCUUUAUGUCAAGUGUUAAUGCACGAACAUUCAGAGACAAAACUUAAUCAUAUGAUGAAAUGGGAAAGAGAAUUGCAAACGGAAAUUUAGGAGAAAGUAUGGAAAUGCCUAUUUGGAGUAGGAACCAAAUUCAUGUCAUCCAUGAAUUAUAGAGAAAAUUGCAUGAAAAGCGUGGUGCAAUGGCUUUGGAUCCCUUGGAAAAGCAGAAUGAUUUCAUACAUAUGAUGGAAAUGAUAUUGGUUAUAAAAUGACAUAAUUUGUCAUUAGGCUUUGCAAAUAGUCCACUAUUAUGUUCCUUGAAUUACAUCAAUGAUUCAAGAACACCAAAGAGUGAGUGUAUCCAAAUGUUGUGCAUUUUAAUAGUAACCAGGGUUAUGUAUACACAAGUGUAGAAGGAUAGUCCAAAACCAUGAAAGAAAGAAUCUGUCAGAAAUAUUUGGGGAACCAAAAACAAACCCCUGUGUUGCAAUAAGAACCAAUCACAACAAUACAAACACAACAUGUAGGCUAAUAGUAAAAAAUAUAUAAUAGAAUAAUAAUAUCAUUCAAAUUGUAGGAAUAAGCCAGUCAAAGUUCAUAUGUACAGUAUAAUUUAUCUACUUGCACUUUGAUGUGCUUUCGAACUGCUAGGUUGGCAAGAGCAGGGACCAAGCAAUGGGAGCUCACCGUCAUGAGGAUUCGAACCGUCGACUUCUGAUCGGCAAGCCUUAGGCUCUGUGGUUUAACCCACAGCGCCACCCGCGUCCCUGAGUUGAAGUAUAGUUGUGGAAUAAAAAAAGAGGACUCGGGAUAGAGGGAAGUGGAGCAAAAACAAUAAAAAACAAAUGUAACUUUUAAGCAAUAUUGAAGUACUUUUAAAUAAUGGUUAUUUCCUUUUCAAGUAUACAGUGCUUGAUUUAACAGAAUAGAAAAGUGUUUUAUGAAAAUAGAGUUGGUUUUCUAAGAGGUUUAAAAUGUUUAUACAGUGGUACCUCAGGUUAAGUACUUAAUUCGUUCCGGAGGUCCGUUCUUAACCUGAAACUAUUCUCAACCUGAAGCACCACUUUAGUUAAUGGGGCCUCCUGCUGCUGCUGUGCCGCUGCUGCACAAUUUCUGUUCUCAUCAUGAAGCAAAGUUCUUAAUCUGAAGCACUAUUUCUGGGUUAGCGGAGUCUGUAACCUGAAGCGUAUGUAACCCGAGGUACCACUGUACACAUUACAUAUAUGUAUAUAUUGUAAUUGCAUAGUCACAUUAACAAAGUAUGUAUAUUUUAAAAGAGCAGCAGAGUAACUAUAGAGGCUAUCUGAAACUAGCUACUAAGUGAGAGUCUUAAGUUUCUGAAUAGUAAAUGUACAUAAUGAAUAUGAUUUUGGAGGAGGAGUGGGAUUUAGUAAUUUGGUUGCUAUGGAGGAGCAUGACAAGUUCCAAGGGACCUCACUGUUAUCCUUUGUGUUUCUUUUGGUGGCCUCUGAAAUGUUAUGCUAACACCAAGGAGUAGUUUUAUCAGUAAUUUGUAAAUGUGUGUAAAGAAGUCUGAAAUUUUGAAAUAUUCUCACUUUUUGUAGUACUUUAUAUUUGGAAAUUCUUGAAAUUGAUUUUUUUUCCUUCCAGGUGUUGGAAAAUCAUGUUUAUUGUUGCAGUUCACAGACAAAAGGUUUCAGCCAGUGCACGACCUUACUAUAGGUAAGUUCUUUUAUGCAGGUAAAGGUCCUUGGCAACUGCAUGCAUCAAGUUCUGAAAUGGAAUGUCUAGAGCAGGGGUUGUCAACCUGGUCCCUUCCACCCUUUCAGGAUUCCAGGUGGGCGGUAGGGGGGGUUCUAUGGCACAAGAUGAAUCCUCCUUCCAUCGAGCACUGGUGGGCGGUAAGGAAAUUUUACCAUUAAGAAAGAUGCAUUAGUGGGUGGUAGGUUUAAAAAUAUUGACUACCCCUGGCCUAGACUUUCAACUAAUAGUCAUAUAUUUACAAGGUUAUCGUGGCAUGGGUCAGUGGUGCUUAGUCUGAUAAUAAAUAAAUCAGGUUCAUACUGGACAAAAUGACAUCCAACUAUCUGCUGAUAAAAGUUACUGUGGCUGAAUUUGUAAAGAGUGUGUUUUCCAUACAAAAUGGUUUCAGCUUAACAAUGUCAGAAUUGUCAAUUUCUAAAAUAUUCUUAUCUGAAUAUGAAAUAUCAUGUUAAGAUUUUGUUAAGUCUAAGUUGUAACUCUCUUCUAAGCCUAAAUGAUGGUUUCUUUGAAGGGAUUUAAGUAGUUUGAUUUGAGUCUGACUCAGUGAGAUUUGAAACUUUCUCACAUUCUGCAGCUGCUUGUGACUGUCUCUGAAUAUUUUCAAACUACAUUGCAGUGUCAUAAUUUUAAAAAGCAUUUUCUUUCUUUAUUGUUAUUGCAGUUUAUAUCCCACCUUUUCUCUGGAGAACUCAAGGUGGCAUACAUGGUUCUCUGCCCCUCCCCCUUAUAUCUUCACAGAAUCCUUGUAAGGCAGGUUAGGCUGUGAGACUGUAACUGGCCUGAGGUCACCCAGUAAUCUUCAUGGCUGAGUGGGGAUUUGAACCCUGGUCUUUCAGGUUCUAGUCCAAAAUUCUAACUAUUGCACCACACUGGCUAUGCUAAAUGCUUCCUUUGUAGGUUUUUAGAUUGUUCUUAUUUUUUCUAACUCUGUUGAAAGACUUUUUUUUUUCAUCUGUUAAUCUAGAAAUGAGUGUAUAAAACUAUGACACAAUACAAAACUGUAUAAAAGUCUGUUAACUCUUCAGUAUGUGCUAUAGGGGGAAAGCCAACUGAAAGCAUGAAGAACAAUGUUGCUUCCUGCUAUGAAAAAGGUUGAAGUAAAUCCUGAUUUCGUUUAGGAUACUGGAUAGUAUUUCAUUGCUGUGUUGGAGCUCUGUUACAACAUUUUAUUUUAUUAUUCAGGUGUAGAAUUUGGUGCUCGAAUGAUAACCAUUGAUGGGAAACAGAUAAAACUUCAGAUAUGGGAUACGGUAAGUGUAGGAAAAUUUUCUGUGCAAAUUUUCUUUAAAACUGUGGUUCAAAGAACAGGAGCGAGGAACUGAAACUCUGAAAAAAGCACCAGUCAACUGUUGUAAAACGAAAACAAAAAGAAACACUCAAAAAUGGUGUAAACUGAAAAAAUGGUGUGAACUAUCUCCCAAAAAAGGCAAACUCUAGACCGUGUGUGAGUGUGAGUGUGUGUGUUUGUGUUCCAUGAUCCAAAGUAAUAGUAGCUGCUGCAAGCAUUAUUAAUUCCUGUCUAUCCUGGAUCAACAAUCUCUCUGUAUAUGGAUAUAGGGUUUGUUCUAACUCCCUUGAGCUAUUGAGAAGAUUUCUGCUAACCUGUCUGUGAAAAAGCAAUCUUAACUAUUGUUUACGUAUUCUGGGAUAAAGGACCAGUGAGGAGAGCUUCAAUUUUUCUUCUCUUUCGAUACACUUCAAGCUCUAAACCCAGUAAGCAUAUGUAUGAAUCAGCUUGAUAUAAUCUGAGGGGUAAAGGCAAAGGUAAAGGACCCCUGACAGUUAAGUCCAGUCACGAAUGACUGGGGUUGCGGCGCUCAUCUUGCUUUACUGGCCGAGGGAGCUGACGUUUGUCCGCAGACAGUUUUUCCAAGUCAUGUGGCCAGCGUGACUAAGCCGCUUCUGGCGAAACCAGAGCAGCACAGGGAAACGCUGUUUACCUUCCCGCCGGAGUGGUACCUAUUUAUCUACUUGCACUGCAUCCUUUCGAACUGCUAGGUUAGCAGGAGCUGGGAGCAAACAGUGGGAGCUCACCCCAUUGCAGGGAUUCAGAUUGCUGACCUUCCGAUCGGCAAGCCCUAGGCUCAGUGGUUUAGACCACAGCGCCACCCGCGUCCCUAAUUUCAGGGGUAGUUAUUCAUUAGGUCACUGGCUUGUGUAGGGGAGAGGGUGCAAGUUAGUAGCUAUGGUGUGGAAUGCAGCCCUAAAUGUCAUUUAAUUUUAUUGCCUCAUUUAUUCAACUGUAAAACAGGCUUGUCGUUCACUCACCAGUUUUUUAAAGUACCAAAUUUUGAAUUCUUGCUACACUGUGGUAUCUUAGUAAUAUUAUGAGAUGUUUCUUAAGCUGGAACGUGCUCAUUUAUUGAGAGUAUUGUGUCUUUAUAAUAAAGAAAUAUUAAGGCAAAAGUUUAGUGUGUAUUGGUUUCAUAGGAACUAUACAAGUGGAACAUGUACCAAAAUGUUUAGGUGCAUCGCCACCCUGCAGGAGUGUUCUUGUGCAGGGAUCCAGUUAGCAGACAUCCUAACCUGCUCUCAGCUGUAGUCUAAAUUUAUUUAUAAAAACAGUUAUACCACCCACGUACAUAAAAUAUCACAGAAGUGUACAACAGUGUAUACACAUACUAUAGAACAUAAAAUACAAAAUGUCAUAAAAAUGACUGACUUCAAAUAAAUAAAUAAAUAAAUAAAUAAAUAAAUAAAUAAAUAAGUUGGCAUAAAAAGAUCUUCAAGAGAUUCCUAAAAAUUAGUAGUGAGGUUGCCUGCAGAAUCUGUGUUGGAAGGGUAUUCCACAGCAUGGAACUGGCAACACCAAAUGCCCAACUUCUGUUAGAAGCCAGUAGUGAAGGUAUGCAAGGCAACUAACAGUGCUCCUCAGGAUGGUUGAAGUGGGAUAUAAGGACUCAAGCGAUCCUUGAGGUAUUCUGGAUCCAAGUCAUUGAGGGCUUUCCUCCCAGCUUUUCUGGGUUACUCCUCCCCAUUUUUGCCAAGCCUGCACAUCUCUCAGCCCAGUAGUAUAUGGGCAGCCAGUGCUGAUGUUAUAGCAGAGGUGCCAUGUGCUAUCAGUCAUCUGCCCCCAUCAGCAAUCUGGCAACACAAUUCUGCACAAGCUGGAACUUUUAGACCAGGGUAGUGGGCAGCCAACGUAAAGCACAGUGCCGUAGUCCAGUCCCAAGGUUACCCAUUCUCAUGGAUUGCAGUGGCCAGGCUUUCCUGUUUCAAACACCUCUGUACCAGGCAUACCAGAUGAAACUGGUAAGAAGCACUGCUAUCCGCAAAGGUCUCUUGGGCCUCUAAUGGCAAAGAUGUAUCCAGAACUACCUCUAAGCUGCAUACCUGCUGUUUCUGAAACGUGUGCAUUCCUUCAUUCCCCCAUCCACCUCAGCAGGGAAGAUGGGAAACUCAGUGCUUUGGACUUUACACCAAAAGCAUAAGUAAAACAGUCUUCUUAAAUAUUUGGGAUGGUCUGAAGCUACUCAUAGCCCUCAUGUGCCUUCAGUAAUGUGUGUUCUUAACUGGUCCAGCCACUGGCUUCUGGGAAUUACCUUUGCUGCUUAAAAGGGACUUCUGGGUUCUGAUCAUGCAGUCUCUCUUACAAUGCUAUACUAGGGCAUAGUUCUUGCAAGUAGGAUAGGGCACAAUGAACCUGAUUCUUGACUUUAUCACUACAACUGCAGAGGGAGCUUACAUGACUGAAAGUUUUCUCCAUAUGAAACAAGAAUCCUCUUAAAAUAGAUAAAUAAAUGUUUGAGAGAAACAUAGCCAUCUUCCUGUCAUGUCAUUUUAUCUAUGUCAAGAGAAUGAAAUAGUUUUGUAACUAAGCCCUUGGGCUUGCCUUCCCGCCCCCAACAUGGAACUGAUGGUCAGCAGAGGAGGCUUAAGAGAGAGAAAUAGUGUGUAUGUGUAUACACCUGCUUUUGUGUAUAUUCCUGUCCCAGGUAUCUAAGGCAAACAUGAUCUUAAAGAAUCCCACACAGGUCAUCCAUUGAUCUUGAAUGAGAUGAUACUUCAAAAGUUAUAUAGGUUGGCAGUUUUACCUCUGUGUAUAUUCGGCAUGCAUAUAGGCUUAAUACAGGGGCUUCAUAAAUCUCAGAUUUUUGCUGACUGCCUGAAUGUGGUCAGCUGCUAGGUCACACUUGGUAAAGAUCUGGUGAAACUCUUGGUGCUUUCAAAGUCUUGAAUACUCUAGAAAUAAACUCCCUAAACAUUGUAUGGAAUUAUGCUACAUCUGCUACAUAGUGCAUAGUUUUUAAUACUUUAUCUUUACUUUUUUUAACACAAAUUCUUCAUAGAUGCUGUUAACAGUUUAUAAAUAUUUUUCAUUUAUGCUGGCAAAUUUAAAGACAUAGUUAUCUUUAUGUGAGAUAAUUUUCAUUUCCUUUUUUGCCAUCACAAAAGACUAUGGGUGGAAUGCAACACCAUGUGAAGGCGAUUGUUCUGUCUGGCAAGCAAAAAUGCUUGCACUGGUCGUAAAAUCUUCCCCCCUUCUCUCCCAUGUGCUGUUCUUGGAGUUCUCCUAGUUUGGGGAGGAGGUAGAAGAAGGAGGAGGUCCUUCUGACUUCCACUAGUGCAACAACUUGGUUGAAUAUAUGUACUAUAUGUACUAAUCACCUUAGUGUUAACGGGUAAACAUUGUAGUUCCUGGAGAAAAAGUGGGAGGUGAAAUCUUACAAGUAUUGCAAGCGUUAGCUUUUGCCUAACAUCUGUGGCAGGGUGAACUUUUCUUUUCUAUGGUUGUUAAUAACUACAUAAUUUAGUGAUAGAAUAUAGCUAUUCAGUGUUUGGGAUUACUAUGUCCAGUUCAUAGUGACCAAGGCUUUUUAAAAAAAGGUUAAAUAUGUGACCCAUACAUAUGUUUUGAAGCAGAAAGGAGGGCUAUAGGAUGACAUCAGUGUAGCUCUAUGACCAAUCCCCUUUGAAAAUCUAACAUAAAAUUUUAAACUUAGGAUGUUCUGUUAGAAUUCUUUUUAAAAAUCCUUUUUAUAUGAUAUCUGAUGUUUUUCAUUUGUGGCAAUCAAGGCACCUUCUUGCAUGCUUUUGACAAGCACUCUGUCAGAAGCACAGGAAAUUGAUUAAAUGUACAAUAGAAUUAUAUAAAAUCAAAUUCAAAACCAUUAUCUGUUUUUUAUAAUAAAAUGCUAGUGGAAAGAAUUCCAUCUGAAGACUGUUGAAAGCUGGCUGCAGUUUAUGAUAUAACGGAUAAAAUCUGCAUCCUUGGCCUUCCUACAACCUUUACACCAGCAGAUGGUGGGCGUAAAGAUGUCAUUCAUCAUUUAUUUACAAUGGGCUUUAUUUAUUCUAGUGUCAACAGCUGCCCCAGGGAGGGAGUUAUUGAAUUCAAAUGUGAAGCACUGGGUUAUUUGCUUCCUUUCAAAUUUGUCUUCAGAGCUUAGUUGCUAGGAGUCCAUUCUGUACUCUAAUAAUGAUUCAUGUAUUGUGAAGCCAUUCAGUAAAUUGGGUUGUCAGGGAUUGCCAAAAAAGGUUUAGAGGUCUUGUUCUUGAGUCCCCUCCCCAAUAGUUCUGUGCUGUAGACUUUUUAAUUCGUGGCUCCUCUUUUCCAGAAUUAGUGAGGUUUUGUCCUUUCCCCCAAUCCCUUACACAAUAAACUUCUUAGUGUAAGUAUGCAAGACUCUUACUUUCUUCACAAGGAAACACAGGAGACAAAAUGAACUAUGAAUCUUGUAUUUCUACAGGCUGGGCAGGAGUCCUUCCGUUCUAUCACAAGGUCAUACUACAGAGGGGCAGCAGGGGCCUUACUAGUGUAUGACAUUACAAGGUGAGAAUCUUUCAGAAUCUUCUAGACUUUUGUAACUAGCUUUUUUCUGUAUGUUUUUUUUUAAUCAUUAACAGAUUUCAAUGUCUAAAACUGGUUUUCAACUAGUGGUGGAAGCAGAAGGGAACUAAAGUGACUUCCACUGCACAUCAGUUGUCCAGUGUAUAAGUCCUAGGUUAACAACUGGUAAAGUCAUUAAAUUUUCUGUUUAUAUAUAUUUUUAAACUUUUGCUUUGUUCAUUAUUUGUUUGUGCGUUGUUCCUCACUUGCGUUUUGGUCUCAUUUUAGGAGGGACACUUUCAACCAUUUGACAACAUGGUUAGAAGAUGCCCGUCAGCAUUCCAAUUCUAACAUGGUCAUUAUGCUCAUUGGAAAUAAAAGGUAUAUAUAUAUUUAAAAGCCUUUUGAAAUUGUGUGGAUUAACAGUUAAUUAAAAACCUGCUCCAUAACAAGUAGCAUAUUGAGUACAUGACCUUUAUUUUUUUUAAAAAAAUAAUUUUAACAUUUUAUUAUCCUGGUUUGAGUCAGCUGAGUUGCCAAAAAACAAAGCAAAAAACAACGCCUGACAUUUUUGAAUUAUUAUUUUUUUAGUAAUAUAUCCAAUUCUAGAUUUGAAUGCCAAUUAAAACAGGGGUACCCAACACAGUGUUUCUGGAUGUUUUGGCAUACAUCAGCCUCAGCCAGCAUGGCCUAUGCUCAGGAUGGUGGAAGUUGUAAUCCACAACAUCUAUAGGGCUUCACAUUAGCUAUUCUUAGAUUAAAAGACUGAAAUGUUUAUAUUCCCUUUAACAUUUAGCUAGCUUCAUGUCUGAGCUGUCCUACAAUGUGCUAGUUCUUUUUCAAUCUAGACUCCUUUGCAGUUGAUCUCAAGGUUACCACGGUGGAACUCUUAACUCCAGUUGGAGGCUUGUUGAAUAUCUUUGGUCGGCUUACUGCAAUUCUUAAUAUAAUCCUCUGGAUGUUUUUUAAAUGUCCUACUUCAUAGUAUUAUCAUCAUUGAUGAACAGAUAAUCUUUGUUGUCUGGAAAAAUGUGUUGUACUCACAGAAGUACAACAUUCAGUUGUUCAAUCAAUGCUGUAUUAUUAACAUGCUGAGCUUUUUCAGAUUCUGUCUAGCACUAGUAGUUCACACAUAGUUUGGACCGAAUGAUUUAAAGAUUGUCAUUAUGCUACCAAUAACUCUUAUGUUGGCAACAGUGUAUUGGAGAAAGCAGAUUUUCCAAGUUCAAGGAGAACAAAACUUUACCUAAAAUGAAGAUAAAAUUUCGUUGGUGGUGAUCGUAAUUGUAUUUCUUGCAUUUUGCAAGUGUAGUUCCCCCCCCCCAAAAAAAAACCACAAAUAGCUUACUAGGUGCUGCUAGGUGGCUUUCUAUACCAAGACUGAGGAAUCUUUUUAAGCCCAAGGCCUGUACUCCCUUAUGGGUGGCCUUGCAUAAGCCAGAUGCCAGUAGUGGGUGGGGCAAGUUUAGGCAGAGCAACCGGUUUGACUUUUAUAUUUGUACAGUAGGCUACACCAUAGUCAUGCAAAAGCCAGAGUUUCUGCACGCAGUUCAGUGACAAGGCACAAGCACCCGAGGCAAAUAGCCAGAAAGAAGUGUGGCCUGGGGCAAGUACCAAGGCCUGAUAGAGAGGCCUGAAGGGCCACUUUUUAAAAGGUACUGUUAUUUAUUAAUUGAUAUGCAAUGGCUCUAGGGAUUACUUAUUCUGUUCUACACAGUAGUGCAGGUGUAGCACCAGUGAGAGGUGUAGCUUGAUAGAGGGGCCUGGAAGUCCACAUCCGAUGUGCAGACUCACUCCACUUCUACACAAUAGACCAAUCUGUGUGGUGAGGUUUUUACAUGCAUCACUGUAGUUACAUAGGAACUUCCUGUUGUUCAGAACUGUUACUGGGCUGCCAUUAUUAUUAUUAUUAGUAGUAGUAGUAGUAGUAGUCGUCUACCACCCUUUAUCCAAAGAUCACAGGGCAGUUCACAACAUAAAAAUACAAAAUGUGAACCCAAAAUACAUAAUAAAAACAAGAAAAAGAAUAGAAACCAACAACUCCCCUCCCACAAUCCUACUCACUGAAUUCAAAGGAACUCCUAGCUAAGUGUGUGUCAUAGCUUUAAAAUACGAAUAAUAAUUAACGUGUCUGUUGUAACCAUUCCUCAUAGGGGAGGUUGCCCCCUGAUUCUAAACCGAGAAAAAACAUUUAGGCUAGUGGCCAGCACUACAUCUUACAUUGGCUAAUUCCAUAACUUAAAUAAGUGUUGAGUGAAGAAACAUUGCAUCUUGUGUUAGGUUCCAACAGUGUCAAGGCCUGCAAGAGAGGGGCUGCUUGCUCUAAACACCACCUUACAAAGAGUGGUGCGCAAGACCAACUGUCUGGGGUGAGGUUUUGACAAACAUCAAUGUAGCCACAUAGGAAUUUGCAGUUAUUCAGAACUGAUCUUGGGCUGCUAAUAAUACAUGUCCCGUAUAACUUAUGAAAAGAGAUUUUGGAAAUUUUGGAGGAAGGACUGAGUAAGAGUGACCAGCAGGCAUUUGUAUGUAAAUGAAAUGUUACUGUAUUAAUAUCCAUUCAAAAUUUAUAUUUUCUGGUUAUGAACUUAGAUAGAAGCUGCUGUUAGAAAGCUAUACCACAAAGUAGCAUAAGGAUGCAUAAGCUGAGAUAUGUAGACAGGAAUGUCCUGUUUCCCACAAUCUGGCUAAUGAGGUUCAUGAAAAUGGCAGCUGGGAUCCUGUCUGAAAAGCUGCCGGGAGUCAUUUUUCCAUAUUAUGCUGUCAGUGUAUUUUUUAGGAGAUGCCUCUCUUGUUAGAAAUCAACAUUGAUAGUUCUUUGUCGUGAUGCUUUUGGAGUGACUGCAUGUCUUCUUUGCAAUCCUUCCCAUUUUUCUCUCCUCAGCAUUGGUUUUUAAUCAGUAAUAGUGAAUAAAUUUCUUUUUAGUCACUUAGAAGGUGAUUAAGGUUCUAUAUUUGACUUCAUCAAAUGUAGUGUUGUCUGUGGUAUACCUAGACAAAUGGACCUACGGUAAUUUUAAGUAAAGAUACGUGCCUAGGUGAGUUAGCUUGUUCUUGUACAGGGAACAACUGAUGUCUUGUUUUCUUAGUGAUCUAGAGUCUAGAAGAGAAGUGAAAAAGGAAGAAGGUGAAGCAUUUGCACGAGAGCAUGGGCUUAUCUUUAUGGAGACGUCUGCCAAAACUGCUUCCAACGUAGAAGAGGUAAUUUGGUGUAAUUUAUUUUAUAUUACAUUAUUACUUUCUGAGUAUGAUUUAGGUGGGAAGUUAGGGACACAGCUUUGAGAUCAAAAUGAUGUCUCUGGAUCCAAUCAAAUCUCCAGGAUCCUGAUCUGGUAUGAGUCAUUAACGAAUGCCAAGGAGUAAGUUUUGUCUCUCUCCAUCUUUUCUUCUGUUAUUUUCAUCAUUCUAGGUAAAUGUUUGAGAUUUUGGAAAAAGAAUGUGCAUCACCAAUUCAUAAUAUUUUGUUAAUUGAAUAUAAAAUACAGGUGUCCUCCCACUUACGUGUGAAUGACACACAGCUAUAAUGUAAUAAUAUAAUUAUCAAAGGGUGUUUGGACAGGGGAGAAAAAUAAUUGACAAAUUAAUCAAGAAAAAUAAAAGUGAUUUGGAAAAUUGGAAAGAAUUAUUUUCCAUUCUCAGUACACAUGCUUUUAAAAUAUACUUGAAAUGGUCCUCUAGAUCACUUUCCCAGAGGUCAUGGAAGAAAUGCUGGUGCUUGAAUAAUAAAUGAGGCUGGGGGGUGGGGAGCAGGGAAUCUGCUGGAGAUAAUGAUGGCAGUCAUGUUUCACACCGGAAGUUACUUUCAGAAGAAAGAUACUAAAUCAGGAGUGUCAGUUACAAAUGGAUGUGCAGAACCAGACUCUAGCCAGUGAACAGCUAAUGGUCACAUUCACAAUUUUCAUAAUUUUACCUUACUUAGAUGCCCAAAUAUAAUUGUAUUUAAACAUUAGAUUUUUCUGAAGCUUAUUCCCCCCCCCCCUUUAAACUGAGUAAUGUACCCAUGUAAUUGUUGCAAGUCCAGGGCAGACUGUAAGUUUCUUACAGAAACCUUGAGGCAUGGAACCCCAUGUUGGGCAAGAAGAUGGCUUUCAGAGGGGUAGACUUGAACUUCUUGUCCCUCUAGUGGGACAUAUAAAGUUUAACUCAGUCACUUGAAAGCUGAGUUAAUUGACCCCCAUCUCUCCACCUUAUUCCUCAGUUCUACAUAGCUUUAAUAACUGCAGUCCAGUGCACCUUCCUCUCUAGGAGUAAAAGGUAAAAGGACCCCUGACGGUUAGGUCCAGUUGCGGACGACUCUGGGGUUGCGUGCUCAUCUUGCUUUACUGGCCAAGGGAGCCGGCGUACAGCUUCCGGGUCAUGUGGCCAGCAUGACUAAGCUGCUUUCUGGCAAACCAGAGCAGCGCACGGACACGCCAUUUACCUUCCCGACAGAGAAGGUACUUGCACUUUGACGUCCUUUUGAACUGCUAGGUUGGCAGGAGCAGGGACCGAGCAACGGGAGCUCACCCCGUCACGGGAUUCGAACUGCCGACCUUCUGAUCGGCAAGCCCUAGGCUCUGUGGUUUAACCCACAGAGUGGGUGGAGUUUACUUGGUGGAGUUUACUUCUGAGUAAAAGUUGGGGUCCGCUAGAUAAAAAGAAUAUGUGGUUUUCUUAUCUUCACCUUUCCUUACAUUAAACAAGUUUUUUGUAUAUAAACUAAUCUGAUGAAGGCAGGAGGCAGAUGCUUCUGCUUUUAUCAGUGAACAGCAAUAAUGUACAAAUAAAUGAACUACUGUGUAUCAACAAAUCUCAUGUGAAAAUGCUCGGGUAAAGCUGGGAAAGAAAUGACCUAGCUGUAGUUUUUGUGUACAGUGGACGCUUGGGUUGCGGACAUGAUCCGUGUGCUAUGCAUGUUUGCAACCGGCAGUGGCGCGUCUGCGCACAUGCGGGUUGUGAUUCAGUACUUCUGCACAUGCGCAAAGCGCGAUUUAGCGCUUCUGCGCAUGCGCGACUAGCGAAACCCGGAAGACGCAACCUGAAGCGUCUGUAACCCGAUGUAUGCCUGUACUCAGCCAUGGCCCCAUUUUGCCUUCCCCAAAUGCUUGCUAAACAUUCACACCAGAUUCUGCAUCCAACCCCAUUUUCUAGUCUCGUUAUACAGUUUAACACCUUCUGAAUGAAUAAAAUUGACAAUGUCAUAUGAUUGUCCACCAGGGUGCCCAUCCAGAAUUCAUGUUGCUAACAAGUGGUAGACUUCAAUUUUAUUCAUUAUCCUGUGAUGUUAGGAGGAUAACAGGUACAGUGGUACCUCGGAAGUUGAACGGAAUCCGUUCCGAAGUUCGUUCGACUUCUAAAACAUUCAGAAACCAAGGCGCAGCUUCUGAUUGGCUGCAGGAAGCUCCUGCAGCCAAUCGGAAGCUGCAGAAGCUGCACCAGUCGUUUGGGCUCCAAAAAACAUUUGCAAACCGGAACACUCACUUCCGGGUUUGCAGCGUUCGGGAGCCAAAACGUUCAAUUUGCAAGGUGUUCAUGAACCAAGGUACGACUGUAAUGGGAAAUUCUCUGGGACACAAAUAAAGUUGAAUCUGACCUUAAUGGUGGAAAUGGUUUAUGCUCCUGAGAUUGGUUCUGCUUUGGUGCAAAACUUUUUUGGGAAGGCAUAAACUUCUUGAUGAAUAUUUCUUCUAUAGUUCCACAUUUUCUCCAGCUUCAAUGUUUUAAGUCUUUCAUGUUAGCCAAGGAACAUGAGAUUUAUAUCAUCCCUUAGUAAUGUGCUUGGAUCAUGUGAUAGGUGAGGAUUUUUUCCUAGUGCAUUUUGUUCAUUUUACUUAGGUGUUUGUUUGUUUUUUGCAAUUUUAUCUUGCUUGCCCCUCUACAUAUCACUGUGUUAGCACUCUUGCGCUCAAGUCCUACUCAUGGGCUUCCUGUAAGUGCUUGGUUGGAUGCUGAAUUAGAUGGGUCUUUGGCCUGAUCCUGCUGCCACAUGUGUGAUUUCUUCCUUCCUACUCCAGUUUUCACUAUUUUUUACUUUAUAUUCUGCACUAAUGACUCCCCCCCCUCCAUUUGCCUUCAUCCCACAUCUCUCCUUUCAGUCCUCACUCUAUGGCCUGCAAGUUUUAGGGUCUCUUGCUCCUUUCCUUUCUGUUUUCUGAAAAUAUUGUAUUGCAGUGGACCCUCGGGUUACAUUACCUUCGGGUAACGUAACUCGGGUUGCAAACACUGCAAACCCAAAGUGUAUUCUUCUGGGUUUCACCAUGCGCAGAAGCGGCACCUCUGCUUGCGGACUUUUCGGGGUACGUACAGACCCCUGGAACGAAUUACAUUCGUAUCCAGAGGGUCCACUGUACUUUCCACCACAGAUCACGUCCUCUCACAAUUUAAGUCAUCAUUUUUAUUUCCUUCUGCCAUCCUCCUUUCUGUUUUCACAGAAUCUUCUCUAGUUUUUCCUUAGUCUUUUCCUUUUCCAUAGAAUUAGCUGUACUAGAAGUACUUAGCCCAUCUGCAACUAAAAUUAUUGGUAGAGAUUAGCCCAAUAAUAAAAUUGUUGUUGUUGUUGUUGUUGUUUUGUUGUCAUUAUUAUUAUUAUUUACUAAAGUGCUUAUCUACCUUGUUCAUCUUGUCUAGAUUACCUUAACAUUCUCUAUUGGUUUUUCCUACUACAGUGGAACCUCGGUUUUCCAAAAAUUUCAAAAACUGAGGAUCAAAGGGCUGUCAGCAAAUUCAAUGGGAAAAAAUGGAAAAACGUGCCUUGGAAGCUGCUUGACUUCAGAGACAUGUUCGAAAAUGGAAGCAUUCACUUCUGGCUUUUUGGCAAUUGGCUUUCGAAAAGUUUGGCAGCCGAAAUGUUUGAAAACCGAGGUUCCACUGUACCACUUACCAUCUGUCACUUGAGAGUACCUUGCUAAAAUAUGCUGCUGUUGUAAUUUCUCCCUUGUUCGUAAAUCUGGUUUCCUCUCAAUUGCCAUGAACUUCAGAGCCAUAGUCCUCAGAAAGUUAAUUCAUUAGCUCUUCCUUAAGGGCACCGUUCAUACUUCAUGGUAAAUUAUAGUUAAUAGUUCUUCCACUGGGGAGAAACAAACCAGACUCUCUGGCUUGGCAUUAUGUUUUGCUCAAGAAAACUGAUUUAUGAGAAGAACAAAUUUGAACUAUCAUGGUUUGUUUCCUCCAUGUAUUAGUGAAGUAGUAUGGUUUAUUGUUUAGUGCAAAUUGGUCCAAAGAAACCCUAGUACAAUUGUCACAAAUUCAGGGCACUUUUAAACUAGUAGGUAAUAUACAAAAAUUAAGAAGUGUUUCUCAGUUUUUUAAAACUUGCAGACACAAGACAUGCAUCUACCAGCAACCAAAGUAAGCAUACAGAAUCUUACAUGUAGCGCACUGCUGUGUGUUCAGCGUCUGUACAUCAAGUCACAGAUUAAACGUUGGCAUUGUUGAAAGGACUAUAACAGAUUGUUUUUGGGCUCCCUCCUAAAAAGCUGUCAACUAGAGAAAGAGGGAAAGGAGCUUCUGUAUUUGCUGCCUCAAUAUUAUGCCUAGUAAUAGUAGCUUUGGCUGCAACAAAAAAUGGCUGCUGCAUGGAUGCACGCACCAGAAAAUCUGGCCCACAGUUUGAGAACCACUAAAUUUUAGUGUCAGGGAAGAUUUCUAAAAUAUUUUAAUAACAGUGCUUGAACAUGCCAAGGGUUUGUGGUUUUGAUAGCAUGUGGCAAUGCAUAGCGUUUAGUCAAACAGAAUGUGUAUAAACAAGAAUGGAUUUCUGCUCACACAGCAGAACAUAUUCUUCCUCUCUUACCUGCAGCCCUUCUGUGCCUUCAAAAUGUGCUCUGACAGGCCCCCAAUCCACCAGAGCAGAUUUGGGGAGCAAUGAAGGGGAAACAGAAGAAAGGGAAGUCCCAUUGCACAAACAAAAGGUUUUUUUUCAUAACAUUGGAUUCCACCCACACCCUCAAUUUCUGAGAAGCCUAAGCUCUGAUGCAUAAUAAUAUUUAGUGAAUUAGAAAAACAAACAAACUAUAUUAUUAGAAAUUUUCUAGUUUAAUAUUGAAAAUCAUUGACCAUUGUAAAUAUAAAUUAAUAUUGAAAACCACCAGGUGGCAGCAUGUUACAUGAAGAGAAAAGUCAGAAUCUGAUUAUUUUAAUGUUCUGUAAAGAGAAAGUAUUUUUCUUUUUGUAGCAAAAGUCAUGUUCAUAAAUUUUGAGUUUUAUUAAAUCAACCAUUUAUUUAUAGGUGUUCUUGUUGUGCAUACUAAUAUGCCAAUAAAUUUUGCAAGUUUGUUGACAAGCUGCAACCAACAUAUUGUCUAUCUUUAAAAAUGUGUCUUGUCUUGUCCCCAUGUUAAACCUAUAACAUUUCCAUAAUUUGCAUCUUCAGUCAGAUUAUGCGGUUAUGGAUUUAUUUAAACUAAGACAGAUUGGCAUGCCGCUGAAUCUUGACACCAAAAAAGAGGAUAGAAAUAUGUGAAUGUCAUUAGGCUUUCUCAGUCCUACCAACUGAUAUCUUUUCAACCAGAGAUAGAAUCAUAGAAUUGUAGAUUUGGAAGGGAUCCCGAGGAUCACCUAGUCCAACCCCUGGCAUUGCUGGAAUCUCAAUUAAAGCAUCCAUGACAGAUGGCCAUCCAACCUCUGCUGAAAAACCUCCGAUGAGGAAGGAGAGCCCACAACCUUCCGAGGGAGUUCAUUCCACUGUCAAAACAGCUUUUACUGGGUCCUACCUUCCAGAGCAGGAGAAAACAAGCUGGUUCUCUCUUCCAUAUGGCAGCCCUUUAGAUAUUAAGAUGGCUAUCAUAUCUUCUCAGUCUCCUCUUUCCCAGGUUAAACAUACCCAGCUCACUCAACCGUUCCUCAUAAGGCUUGGUUUCCAGACCCUUGAUAAUCUUGGCUGCCCUCCUCUGCACAUGUUCCAGCUGGUCAAUAUCCUUAAAUUGUGGCACCCAGAACUGGACACACUAGCCAAAGAAUCCUUUUUGUAUAAUUUUUAACCUCUUGCAAGCUGGAACUCAUUCUGAGCUUUGGCCCACCUGACCUUCUCACUGCAACUGUUGGCUACUCGUUUAUACUCCUCCUUUGGGAUUUCCCUUCCAUUUCUUAUACAUUCCCUUUUCCUCAUCUCAGUUCCUCUGUAAGCUCCUUAUACAGCCACACCGGUUUCUUUAGAUGCCUCCCGUUUUUCUUUCUUGUUGUGCAUUCAGAUGUUGGAGUUAAUAAAUGCAUGGCACAUUCAUAGUCUACCACUGACCUAUUAUCACCCUCAUAGGAUACUGGCAUUAUUUCGCCAUUAUAAUGGAUAAUUGUCAGAAGCCAUGAGUUUAGUUGGAGUGAAAGAGUAAGCAUAUUUUAACAGUUAUACAUUUACAUAACAUGAAAUGGAGAAAUUGAAAGCAUUUUAUCUAGUUUAUAAAACUAAGAACAAACCUUGGUUUUUAUUUGUGACCUGUUUGGGAAGUGCAAACUACAAACCACUACCUCUUGUUGGCAUUUGUUUCAUAUUGGCUUACCAUGACAUGUAGUUUAGCCACUAUCUGUGUAGACAGUCAUAAAAGAGCAUGGGAGCCUCCCACAUAUAUGGGACUUCAAUCAUGACAUUUUAGUUGCUGUAUCAUGACCUUUAUUUGCCAUCGGUACACUUCUUAAUAGAUGUCUAAAUAAUGCCAUACUCCUCUUUGCAUGUGCACAUGAUUUGGAUUUAAUGCCUGAAUUUUUAAAAAAGUUUUUUAAGAAUGAGCCAUCAAGAUGAACUAAUAUUUGCGAAUUGAAUUUUUAAAAAAUUGUUUUAUGAAAACAAAGCAGAUUGCAUAAGAGAGUACAGUUGUAUGAAGUUCCAAAGUUAUAAGUAGUUUUCAAUUACUAUGGCAUAUUAUGCCCUUGCAGUAAUUGGUGUUUUAUCAGAAGCCAAAAUACAAUGUAUUUCUUUUUUUUAUAUUGAAAACUUCCAUUUCUGAAGAAUGCAAAUCAAUUCAGAGUUGGCUGAAAGCCAAUUUCUGAGCUCCAGUGCACGUUUGAAAAACCUACUCACUUCCUAAGUGCCUUGUGAAUCUGCAAUGAUUAAUUCUUCUCAUUAUUUUGCUGCAAAUUCUCAUGACCCUCUGUGAUGAUUCGAUCACCCACUUAGAGUUUAUGCAUAUUCAUAUCUUUCCACUCAUGGCUGCAGUUGUUCAAGUCUCCUUCACUGGCUGUGGUAUGUACUUGGUGCAGUAAUUGAGCUGCAGUAGAUUGAUUACUCUAGGGAGCUGUAAGGCCUUUAAAGGUGAAAACAUAUCAGUCCUGUUAAUUAGGAAACAAAGCUCUGGUGGCAAGUUCAGCAGUCAAAUGCUUCCAGUGUAGAAAUGAGGAAAGGUAUGAUUUGUUCCCCUCCAUGAACUCUGUUUACUUUUUAAUAUUUGAAUUAGAUUUGUGGCCAGGCGUGGCAAGCUUGAGUAGAUGAUAGCUGCAUUGUAGGGUUGUAAGGAGUCAAAAGAACUUGAUGUGCGAUAUUGGCUAACUUUGCUACUGCCAUUAAAAUCUUACAUAGUAUAUUGUCUUUCAAAUUCUUCUCAUAGUAUUAAAUGGGGAAACAAAGCCAUUUUGUGCAUUAAAUAAUAAUUGGCUAAUAUGUUAGGCAUGGUAAUAAUUUAAAGUCAAUGUUUCCUGUAGACUUUUGGGAGCGGGAAACGUUUUCUACUUUAAGAUGAUACCUUUCCAUCAUAUGUAAGGUUGUCAUUUUUGUGAAAAAUUUUGAAAACAGUGGGAGGGAAGUUUGGCUUCCUUGAGCUAAAAUGCAUCUAUAGUAACACUGCUUUCUGUGUAAACAAUAUUAAAGCUAAUUCAGUUUCAGAAGCCUAAUGAUAAAAUGCAAGGAAGGAGAGCAGGGGGGUGAGAUAAAAGUUCAGGGUGAUAAGGAUCAACAGGAACUUAGUUCUGUGGACAUAGGCAGACAUUGUGCUGUGAAGACACAGAAGUUACUCAAUAGAUGUUGUGAUCAACACUCUUGCACUUAUGUAUCUUGUAGAUAUUGUUCAUAUACUUCCCUUUUUUUUUUUUUUACUAUAGCUAUAUAAGCAACUUCACUAAAGACCCCUGAGUAAACUUAGCAGUCAUGGAAUAAUGUGAGAUUGUUUUGUGACUCAGGACCUGGUUAAGUAACAGGAAGCUGAGAGUAGAAAUAAGUGAACAAUGCUGCAAAGGAUCAGAUAGCCAAUGGUACAAAAAAUUGUCCGUGUGAGACUCUGCAUAGCCACUUAGAAUAUAACAUUAUGGGCUAGAUUCACAAGUAGUUUGCUUAAAAAGUUGCUAAGUUGCUAUAUAGUAAGGAGUGGGCACUUUCUAGAGAAUGGGAAGAGGGAAAAAAGUUUUUCCCUCUUUAUGAAACAUCCCCAUUUAGUGCAAAGAGGGGGCUCUGCUUAAUCUUGUUGCAUACAUACACACAAUCCUAAUUCUUCCCCUUCCUGCAAGACUUUCCAGCAGGCAUUGGAGAGCCCUUCAUGUCAUCUUCACUGGGAGAUUCACGCACACCCUACCUUUACUGGGACAAGAAUUCUGUGCUUUUAUUGUGCUAUAUUUAUGAAGUGCACAUAUCCAUAAUUUGGGUUUAAAGCCUCAAAUUUUAUUAUUUAUUUUUCAGGCGUUUAUUAAUACAGCAAAGGAAAUCUAUGAGAAAAUACAGGAAGGCGUUUUUGACAUUAAUAAUGAGGUAAGUUCUUCAAAUGUUAGAAUGAUGUAAGAGACAAAAUAACAAUUCUCACAUCUUGCACAAGCUCGUUACACACACUGAACGUAUGCUGAGCUCCUUGUAUACUCUGUUUUGGGGUAGAUAUAGUUAGAAUUGUGGAGUAUGAAGUAUAAAAUUCCUCUCUCCAACCAAGACUCAACUUUAGAUCUUCCAAAGAAAAAGUAUCCAUCAUUUGUAUCCGUUUCUCCAUAUGAUAUCAGCAACUUUCAGAAACCAUUUUCCCAGUAAAAAUGAGUAGUCAAAAGGAUAAUUUGUCUGCCACAUGUGAGUUGGGUACUGUCAGAGACAGAAUAAAUAGGAGACGCAUGAAUUUUUUACUAUAUUCAAGAUUUUGCAUGCCAUCUUAUGUGUAAUUACAUCAGAGUAAGGCCUCUUGAACUUGGGAUUUGUUUCCAAGUCAGUAGCCAUAAGACUGAGGUGUUAAAUGGCUAGGUUCUAUAUACGUGGAAUUUGUCAUCUCUAGUUUUGCUCAUUUUGAGAGAUUUGAAAACCAUAUUUCAAAUAGGUGUACAUACCAUCCAUGUCUGCAGAUUCUUUAGUUCAUGGGUGUCAUAUUGAUGCAUGCUGAGAUCUCCGUGGUAUGUUCUUCAAAGUCUCAUAAUAUACUUCCUUAAUUGAAAAUGACAGAUUGUCAUAGACUGGAUGGUCAGAGCUAGUCUUUCAUCUCUAGGUCACUGAUUCAUUAAUUGGGAAGCUAGUGGCUGGAAUCCAAACAACCACACACAUCAUUUCAUACAUCCUAGGGAGCUUUGAGCAUAUGUUUCUUGAAAACCAGACUGUGUGCUGCAUUGCAAACUACUUUUGAAACUGAGGGAGAUUUCAAAAGUAGUUAGUGGUUUUUCAUGGGAUCUGUUGCUAAAAGAAUAAAAGUAAAACCCCAUUAGGCACAUCCAAUCUUUGGAAAUAUCUAAAAACUAUAUUGGGAUACAGCCCUUAUUAGGUGUAGUACAUUUUAUUAUGUUAUUUCCUGUUUGCCUUUUAUUUGGCAAAUGGCUGUGAUGAAAUAGAAUUCUAAUAUUUCAGACCUAGAGGAUAUUAACUGUCAGAUGAGACCUUCCUCCGUUUUUACUUUCUGUUGAAACACAUUGCUCAGUAAAAUGCUUCAUGUUACAAACUCACAUCUCUGGCAAAGUUGUCAUAUGCACUUACUUUUAGAGAGGUCUCAUCUGCUCAGCAUCUUGGAGGUUCCAGUAUGACCAUGCAACGGUUCCUCCAUUUACGAGACUGUAGAAAAGGGGCAACCGCUUUGCAGGGUUGUCUUCAGAGUUGUCAUUCUUCUUUAUUCUCAGUUCUUCUGAAGACUAAAUACUGGGAAACUAAUAUGAGUUGGUUUUACUUUUCUUAAAUUGUGCUUAUUUUUCACAAAGUGACAUCACCUUACUGGUUUUCUCUGAUGAAGAUUAUCAGUCUCCGGUAGUGAAUAUUUAAUUUGAAUGUGGUCUUGUGUGUUGAGAAAUUAUUUUUAUUAUCUAAUAGAAACUGUCUGAAAACCAGCAUGUGCCCACAAGUCAAGGGAAAACUUAUUUGAACAGGAUAGUCAGCUCAUAAAAGUGAUGGAGUGAAUUCACUUUGUUACAAUGUCACCAAAUCCAUAUUAGGGCAAUUACCUCUUGAGACCAACCAAAAUAUCACAGAAUAGUGUGCAAGUUUUCAGGUUCUCCAGAACUCUUCAUCAGGCUAGAUAGUAAACAGGGUGAUGGGGUGGAGAGGAGCUUUUUUGGCUGGACAGCAGGUGCAGGCUCCAUGUCUUCAAUGACAACUAUUUUCUUAUGGGUCUAACGGCUAUCUUUAUAUAAAGAAACCAAAUAAAUCUAACUGUUCAGUGUUAUUUAAAUUUAAAAUUUGGCACAUGCAAUACUUUCUGAAAAUGAAGCUUUCUUAGAGCAAACGUUUCAUCUUCACAAGUUGUAUUACUCAUUUUGUAUUAGUUCUGUCCAGCCUCCUCUGCAUAUGAGAGGGGUUUAUCCAUAACAGCACAUAUUAUAACCUUCCCCUGUUCAUGCUGAACAUGUUUCUGCUGUGCCUUGAAGAGCCUGAAGAGCUGCAGGCCCCUGGAUGUGUGUAAAUGAAGUGUGGCAGGGUCUAGGAUUAUCAGGAAUAGUGGUACGACUAGCACAAGACCAGCAUGAGAAGGCAGGGUUACACUAUAUACUAUGUGUCUCUCCUUAUUUUCCCUAGUACCAUUUGAACUAUCUCAUUCUCAUCUGAUAACUAAAGAACAUAUGGUUUAAAGUUAGCAGUGGAUAGCAUAUAUAUUGGACAGUAAUCAUUGGCUCUGAAAAAGAAUGCUUGUUGUAUCUGUCGAGUUUCAUAUAGAAUCUGACUGCUUUACUGUGCCUUAUGGAGAUUUGAUUGCCGUAUGCUGUCAAGAGCCAACAGUGCAUGCUAUUUACUUGGCUCAGUGCCAAGUCUGGCUCCUUGAUUCCUCAAGAAGUUGCUACCAGCCCAGAGGGGGCAAAACCAAUGAGCCAUAGGGCAUGCUUUUUAUUAAAGAGGAGUCAAAGAGCGAAAAGAAACCACAUCAGCUGCUGUCAAUACUGAGCUAGUGCCAGAAACCCCAAGGCUACUACUGUUGCAGAACAACUGCCAAGCACUAUAAAUCUGAGAUUUACUGUGACGCAAAGUUUCCUUAAGAGCUUAAUUUCUGAAGCUACUGUAUUACUUUUCUUAAAGUGCUGUAUUUUUAGGUAAAAUCCACUUGAGGGAGUGUGGGUUAGGAUAGAAGUGUAAGUUUGAUGAAUGAAAGAACUACUCUGUGUGUGGUUCUUGGCAACUUGCCAUGUCUUUGGGGAUCAUAGAAAUUAUUGAUGACACAGAACACUUGUAUGCCCUUAGUCUGUACAGCUGACUCAACAUAGAAGGAAAUGCAGUCAAAAGAAGAAAAGGGUUUGCUGUGUGAGACCAGAAGAAAUCUGAACUUACUUCUUUUGGUGGGACCAAAGGUUUAUUAGGCAUAUUAAGAAUUUCUACUGUUAUGAAACAGUUUGAAAACCUUUUGUGUAUAGGUUUGGCCCAUGCUAUAUACAUUAGUACUGGCAAGGAUAGACUAUUGGAUUCUGUUGUACAGAAAUGGUGAAAAAAUUAAAUAAUAUAUCCUAUUCUUGAUUUUUGUUUCCUUAAUUGCUACCAGACAUUGUUUUUAAUAGGAUUUCCCCCCUACAGCUUGUUUAUCAUGAAAAGGAGACAAUAAGUUUAGAUGUUCAUAAAUCAGAAGUAGAUUAACUACUUUAAAAUGCUGUAGCCUGUGGCAGUGUUCCAAAAAUAUUAAUGUGCAUUCAACUUUUAUUAUUUCAGGCAAAUGGCAUUAAGAUCGGCCCUCAGCAUGCUGCUACUAAUGCAACACUUGCAGGCAAUCAGGGAGGACAACAGGCUGGUGGAGGCUGCUGUUGAACCUAUUUUUACUUCCUAGCUGCCUGAAGGGGCCUACUAACUUGUUUCACCCUCCCCCGCUCAAUUUCAACUACGACAUGAAAUUAUUGUAAGAUGGCAUCAUGUUGCAGAAGACUUUAUUCUUCAAAUUCUUGUACAACUUUGAAUAAAUGGUUAAUGUUCACUUAAAAGACAGGUUUUGGAGAUUGUAUUCAUAUCUAUAUUUCCAUUUGAUUUCUAAGUCAAUUGAUGUGAUUAUUUUUUGUUAAAUGUUGUCUUGUGCCCUUGACUACGAACUGUAUUAAACACUACAAAGUCAUCUGAGUAUUUUAAUCAGUUUGUGUAGUUAGGUUGCCCAACUACAGUGGUUUCCUAAUGUUUAAUAUUGUAGAACUGUCUUCAACUCUUGUCCAUUUUCAAGGCUCUAAAGAAAAACAGAAGGACUCUUUUCUGUAUUUAUCAUUUACUUUCUGUAUAUAUAGUUUAAUAACUUGCUUGGGUGUAUUUGCCAAGCUAUAAUUCUUUAAUGCAUUUGCAUAAAUUCUAUACAUUUAGAGCUUGGAACUACAGAAGCAUUAUUAGGAAUUUGCUUAGAUGCUGAAUUUUAAACCUUAUUGACAUUGUUAGCAUGUUUGUCCUUUUGUCAUUAUCCUAGAGUCCAAAAAAUGCUUUAUGUAUAGUAUUAGAAGCUACAUAUGCCUAUUUUAAUGCCAAAUGUUUGCUAUUUGCUCACAACUUCCACAGCACCUCUUCAGAAAUGGAUUAGCUGUUUGCCUUAAUUAUGUAGGUUAAACAUAUUAUAAUGAAUGAAAAAUACAGGAAGCAUUGAAACUCAUAAAAUGGCACAUUAUGAAGACUUCAUAUUUCUUAAAACGUUAUUUGCCUCUUCAUUUCUAGGUAUAUUUCCAUCAAGGAUAGUUUUUCAACUUAGAUGUACAGUGGCUGUGUAAAGUUGAUUUGGUUCUUUUUCUUUUUUGGUGACAACUUGUAAUCUUAAUAUGGUAAGCAUCUUGUCUAUUGUGAAGGGGGUGUGACAAUAAAACUGCCAGAUUGAAAAUCCUGAUUAAGGCCAAACUUGGAAAUGCUUUAGUGCUGUACUCCACAUGAUUUUUUUCCAAUUUCCCCCAUGCUUCUAAUGAAUUAGUAUACAUCACUGCAAAAUAAACUCCUGUUUAAUUAUAUAUUUCAAGUAGAGAAUAUUAAUGGCACUCUUUGACUAUAUGAGAGCAUCUUUUCUUGACCCUAAUCUGUAUUGCUGGGUUUUCCAGGGUAAACUAUUUAUAGAUAUGUUCAAAUGGAAUACCACAAUUCUUGCUCUUCCAUAUUUAGGUUGUCUUGGUGGGCAUACUUUAGCUGAAGAACACAUUUUGGAGUCCAGUUAUUUGUUACAGCUGUAUCUCAUUCGUUCCUCUGAGUUCAGAGCAGCACUUGAGCUUCACAGCAAUCAUGAGGUGGAUUAAUCAGAGAGAUGGUGACCAGUCCAUACUUAGCAAGGAGCCAAUAACUAUUUGUUGACAGGUAAAACAAAGCUUAUCCAUUUGGUGCUUGUUGCUGAGAACUACUUCGUACAUUUAAAAAAUCACCCCCACCCCAAAAAACGUUAUUUAACAAAGUGAAGGUUUGUAAUUUUUUUUCAAUUUUGAAUCUACACAUUUAAAGUGUAUUUAAGGUCCAUUUCUAAGCUAAUCUUGUACAAGUGAUUUUUCCUUACAUAAUAAUACAACUGCACAAGAACUCACAAAUGCAUUUCUAGAUUAAUUGCAAGCAUGUGUAUAGUCUCAAAGACAGUGCACACAAUCAAUUUAGCAUUUAGUUAUUUUAAGCAUUUUCUUCUCUUCAGCUGAAAAGGCACCCAGGGUGGCUUAAAUGUGAUCUGUUUAUUCAAAAUAUUUGCAUACCACCCAUCAUCCAACAGAUUUGGGGCUGGUGAAUGAUUGUUUCUAUCAAUACUAAAAUAAGCAAUAUUAUCAUUAUUUAUUAAAUUUCUGUACUGCCCUUCAUCAGAAGAUCACAGGGUGUUUUACAAUAUAAAGAUGCAUACCAUAGCGACAAACAAUAACAGCCCCACACCGUUUUAAAAGCCAUAGAUCGUUUAAUUAAUCAAAGACCUGGGAGAAGAGGAUAAAUAAAAUGACAGCAUGGACAAUAAUAUGAAGCAGAAGCUAAAAACAUAACGUGGCAGGUUGAGGUACUGCACAAAUUAAAAUGCCUGGAAAAAUAGAAAUGUUUUAACCUUGUGCCAAGAAAAAUACAGUGGUACCUCAGGUUACAUACGCUUCAGGUUACAGACUCCGCUAACCCAUAAAUAGUACCUUGGGUUAAGAACUUUGCUUCAGGAUGAGAACAGAAAACGUGCUCCGGAGGUGCGGCGGCAGCGGGAGGCCCCAUUAGCUAAAGUGGUGCUUCAAGUUAAGAACAGUUUCAGGUUAAGAACGGACCUCCAGAAUGAAUUAAGUACUUAACCUGAGGUACCACUGUAGUGUAGGUACUAGGUUACCUUUUAAACUAGCAUAUUCCAGGCACCAAUGUUGAAAAAACCCUCUUUGUUACAUAACACACUUAAAGAAGGUACUUGGAAGACCUUCAUUAGAAAUUUUCAAAACAUGGGUAGGCUUCUAUGGAAGAGGCCUCAUUCUGGUGUUUUUCAAGUUUAGUUCUACUAAUUCAGAUUGUGGCUAGAAGGGAAAAGCAGCUGGUGCAGUUCAUUAAAGGCUAGUUUGAUGUAAGCAAACCUAACUUAAAAGCCUGGACCUCUCCUGACAGGUUAUUCAUUGGGAUGACCAGGUCUGUUUCAGUGCCAAAACCAGGCCUGUGUCCAGAUAAUUGGUUUCAUUGAAAAGUGUCUGGUGUUGGAUAGCCACAACCCUCUCUUACACUUACAUCAACCACAAGAGACUGUUUAGACUCUGAUUUGUUGCUUUAGAAAGCAGCUUCAUUCACUCCAGAGCACUUCAGAGGCUACAAAAAAACCACCUUUCUGCAUCCUCCAUUUGCUCAUGAGGAAAUUAAAAAAAUGGCUAUAACUCCCCACCACCGUUUGAAUGAAGUGUGUGGGAUAAUGAACAUGCCAAAUUCAGAGAAAAUGCUCCAGUGUAUGACUCCAAAUUUUGAUGAAAAAACUUUGGAAGAAACAUUUUCUUAUACACAGAAAAAUACGGUACAUAUUCUACCUUGCUUGAGCUGGUUCAUAGCCUACCUAUUGCAGAUUUGGUACUAAGCAGCUAAUAGACUUUUGUACUUCAAACUAUUGUUUCUCAACAGGUAUUGUUAAUUCUCCUGUCAAAUCAAUACAUCAGAUAUAUUAGAGGUGUUGCUUUAGCAUUAGGAAACUUUGUAGGUGCUGAAAAUAUGGUUGGAUGAAAGAACUUUGUUAUGACAGUACAUAUGAGAUCUGUCAUACACAUAGUUUGCCAUUGCCACAGUAGGAUAGUGAUUACAAGCACCAAGUCAAUCUGCUCCAUAUUACUGAAUGGAACUUUAAAAAGCAAUGUUUAUAUUUGCAUAGAAGUGGGUACAUCAGAUCAAAUGGCCACUAGAAAACUCCAUGGCUGAAGCUUUGUAGGAAGAGACCCCAGCAGUGAGAUACAUUUUUCUUAGGUGUAAGUGUAUUCCAGAGUUUCCAUUUACAUACAGUUUGUAUGCAUUUUAUGACAGGGUUGGAAAAUCUGUGGCCUUUCACUGUUGUUUGACUACAACCCCCAUCAUCCUUGACCAUUUGUCAUGCUGGCUGGCUGAUGGAAUUAGAAUCCAACAACAUGGAGGGCCAUAAGUUCCCAGUCCCUGCCUUUAGACUAACUUUAGAGUUCAAUGUAAUGUAAAAGGUAAAGGUAAAGGGACCCCUGACCAUUAGGUCCAGUUGUGACCGACUGGGGUUGCGGCGCUCAUCUCGCUUUAUUGGCUGAGGGAGCCGGCGUACAGCUUCCGGGUCAUGUGGCCAGCAUGACUAAGCCGCUUCUGGCGAACCAGAGCAGCGCACGGAAACGCCGUUUGCCUUCCUGCCAGAGCGGUACCUAUUUAUCUACUUGCAUUUGACGUGCUUUCGAACUGCUAGGUUGGCAGGAGCAGGGACCGAGGAAUGGGAGCUCACCCCGUCGUGGGGAUUCGAACCGCUGACCUUCUGAUCGGCAAGUCCUAGGCUCUGUGGUUUAACCCACAGCGCCACCCACGUCCCUUCAAUGUAAUGUACUCUUUCUAAAUAACAGCAGAAUCUAGUGCAUGUCUACUCAAUAAUUUCCACUAAUUUCAGUCAGGCUUACUCCCACGUAAGCAGGUUUAGAGUUGCAGUAUAAGCAUUUGUAGUUACAUAUUUUGUCAUCUGUACUUGUUAAAAUACCUUUAUCUCCUAUCUGCCUCAAUAUGAGACAAGCUAUGCAGUUUUAAAACUACAAAAUAUUAAAACCGUACUACAAAUAUAGGGGAAGUAUGUUUUUUGCAGCAAAAAGAAUUAUAUAACUAUUCUUACAUACACAAAAAUAUAAUUAAGUCCACAUAUUGGUGAUUUCUCCCAAGAGGAGGCUUAUAUACAUAUGUUCUUGUACUGCUCCUUUUUCACUGGUCGAGGUGCAGAGUUUCUUUUCUAACUACAUCGUAACUUUGUUAAUAGUAUACCAUACUAAUUUUGUUUUAUUGUGCCACUGAAGUCUCAGUCUGUAAAUAAUCCAUGUCGGUACUAUGUAAGUAGCUGAUGAAAUGUCUUUACUAGGUUUGCUGCGCAUGAAAGAAACCACAUCAUUUGGUAAUAAAACUACUAACAGACUCUAACAAAGCCAAGACCAUGACAAAAAGCAGCAUGUUAUGGAUCUAUCACUUCUAUUCUUGGGACUGAUUUUAUUAUUUUUGGACCUAUUACAAGCCCUGUGUUAAAUAUUGUGGAUGAUAAGAGGAAACAGACUCUUGGCAAAUGUGGAAAACCAAUUACAGUAUAUUACCCUACUCAGGCUACAGUAAAGGAGGAUCUGAGCCAGAGGCUUAUUCCCUGCUUGCUUUAGCAGCUGAAAAGUUUUUCCUACUGUAGAAUUGGCUUGAGUUAAAAGUGUGUUGCUAUGAAAACCUCACUGUAGACAGUGCUGACUAGAGAGGGUGAAAUUGACCCACUAAGUAGGGCUGUAGUUCUGUCAAGGGUUGUGUAAUUAAAUAAAUCACCUUUUCUUAUAGAUAAGAAUGCUCACUUUAGAAACUAAAUGUGCCCUUGUAUACAACAUUCAAGGACCUCAGCCCUUCCUUGCAUAGGUGAUAAGGCUAAUGAAGUUUUACAUUAGAUUUUUUUUUUUCAAUAAUCAUAAAUGCGUCUUGAUUUUUUUUUUAAGCACUAAAACAUUUCAAAUGUUCUGUUUGGCAUGACUGGCCUUGUAAACUUUGGUAGACAACUGCAAUAUUAGGAAGCUACUCACAUCCCUUUUUCUCAACCUAUCCACAGCCACAUAAAGCAAAUGCUUUAACAUUCCUUAAAUAUGUUUAGAACUAUAGUCAUACCUCGGGUUAAAUAUGCUUCAGGUUGAGCACUUUCGGGUUGCGCACCGUGGCGACCUGGAAGUAAUGGAAUGUAUUACUUCCGGGUUUUGCUGCUCGCGCAAACGGUCAAAAUGACGUGGGUUGCGUUCACUUCAGGAUGCGAACGGGGAUCUGGAAUGGAUCCCGUUCGUAUCCAGAGGUACCACUGUAGCGAUGAAGAAUAACAUGGGGUGAGGAGAGUACAGAAUACAUACACAUCUAUUCAAAGUUUCUUGCCACACUACAAGUUGAGUCCAGAUCUCACCAAGUUUGGGUCUUGUAAUGUUAUCAACGGAUGGGCAACUGCUGCUAGCAAACCAGGAAGUAAGGAAGGCCUUAUGUUGAGGCAGCUCCCAGCCAGCUAAAUGAGCAGAAUCCAGGCAUUUGCAGGUUAUAAUUUCUGAACUGGGUGCGGUGAAUAAAAGGAAGUUCUUACUUGAUUUUUGUAAUAGCUUGGUUUACCCAGUGCAGUUCUAAACUGAGUCAAAGGACGGUUGCCCAUUACUACUUACAUGUCUAUGUCCCUUGUUUUUGAAAUUCUGCUCCUUGCUCACACUUAGUGGGCUCUUCAUUUGCAUUGUGCCGCUGAAAUAAAGGAUUCUUUAUGCAGCC